AUGGCGAUCGUAGGAGAUGCUCUACGACAAGUAGUGAUGCCCAAACACCAGUACGAGAGCCUCCGUGAUGAAGAUAAAGCUUGCAUUAAGCUACAAAGACCGAUCGUGAUCUUCAUUUUCAUCUUCGUUAUGCUUUUGAUUUUAAUUUCUACUUCAAUCAGCUUGAAAAUGGUGUUUCCUAGUGAUCUUCAAAGCCGACCUUUCUGCAAACAUCGUCGAAUCGAAACGGAAACAACUCACAUCCGCAGCAUUGCGGAGGAUCGUACGGAUGGUGAUUUCAAUAUUGCAGAUCAAGAGAUCAUUGAUUAUUACUGGAUGGUUUUGUUUCUUCCAUCGGCGUGUCUUUUCGUGUUUUCUGCAGUUUAUUUUGUUGCAGGAAUCACUGUAGCUUAUACUGCUCCAACAAGACAUGGAUGCCUAAAGGUGGUUGAGAAUAACUAUUGUGCUCCAAAUAGAGGAGGUGUGCGAUGCCUAUUCAUUCUCAACUUCAUGUUUGCAAUCGCUUUUGGUCUUCUCGCAAUAUUUCUUGGUUCGACUCUCCUGACACUUGGGAGGAGUGGCUGCUCGAUCCCAUUAUUCUGGUGUUACGAGAUUGCAUCAUGGGGACUAGUUACUCUAUACGGGGUGACAGCUUCCCUGCUCAGAAGGAAAACAGUCAUGGUUCUUGAUGAUGGCGAUCUUGGUGGGCAGAUGAUCGGGGUGGAAAUGUUGGAAGCUAAUCCUGUCGAAUUCACACCAGAAAUGGAGAGACGGGUGAAUGAAGGCUUCAGAUCAUGGAUGGGAACAUCGUAUUUGUCUGAUGAUGAAGAAGAUGAAGAAUAUUUGGAAGUUUCACAUAUGAACUCUUACAGGCGAAGAGUUUGAACCCGAACAUACAAAUUAACCUUUACAAGAUAUUUGCAGCCACAAAUACAUCAAAAUUAAACCAACAAAAUGGUGAUGGAGAGAGGCUGGUAAACUGUUGUUAAUCAUACCCAAAUGUUCAUAGUUAUUGUACAAAAAAUUCUUGCCUAAUGUUUCUCAUUAUGUUUGAUUGA